AUGUCGGAGACCAUGGAUCAGCAGGCUGGGGGUCCUGGAAACCCCAGGCCAGGAGAAAGUGGUGAUGGCGGCAGCAUGGAGCCAGGCAGCUGCCAGGAGCUUCUGCACCGGCUUCGGGAGCUGGAGGCAGAGAACUCGGCACUUGCCCAGGCCAACGAGAACCAGCGGGAGACCUAUGAGCGCUGUCUGGAUGAGGUUGCCAACCAUGUGGUACAGGCACUGCUAAACCAGAAGGACCUACGGGAGGAGUGCAUCAAGCUGAAGAAGAGGGUGUUCGACCUGGAGCGGCAGAACCAGAUGCUAAGUGCCCUGUUUCAGCAGAAACUCCAGCUCACAACAGGCUCCAUUCCUCAGAUCCCACUUACCCCACUCCAGCCACCAUCGGAGCCACCAGCCUCCCCAUCCUUGAGUUCCACUGAGGGACCAGCCUCCUCCCUGCCUAUGGGGCACUGUGCUGGACAGAGAGAGGUGUGUUGGGAACAGCAGCUGCGACCAGGAGGCCCAGGACCCCCUGCCACUCCAUCCCCAGCACUGGAUGCCCUCUCCCCGUUCCUUCGGAAGAAAGCCCAGAUUCUGGAAGUACUAAGAGCCCUGGAGGAGACGGACCCCUUGCUUCUGUGCUCUCCUGCCACCCCCUGGCGGCCUCCAGAAGAGAGUCCUGGCUCCCCAGAGCCCAUCAACGGCGAACCCUCAUCCUGGGCCCCCUAUCUGCUGCUUGGCCCUGGUAGUCUUGGAGGCCUGCUGCACUGGGAGCAUCCUCUGGGGGCCCCGGGAGAGGAGGAGGGUACUGGGCGGCCCUGGGGCCCUGGUAGGGGUCCCCCCCAGGCACAGGGCACCAGCUCUGGCCCACACUGUGCCCCAGGCAGCAGCUCUUCCUCCUCUUCUGAUGAGGCAGGUGACACCAAUGAGGCAUCCAGCCCUGACACCCUGCUCGGUGCCCUGGCCCGCAAACAGUUAAACCUGGGCCAGCUCCUUGAAGACACGGAGUCUUACCUGCAGGCCUUCCUGGCAGGGGCAGCAGGCCCACUCAAUGGGGACCACCCUGGUCCUGGGCAGCCAUCCUCCCCAGACCAGGUACCCUCACAGCCGUCCAAGUCCAAAGGCCUCCUUAAGUCAGCUUGGGGUGGAGGAACCCCAGAGGCCCACAGGCCAGGCUUUGGUGCUACCUCAGAGGGCCAGGGACCCCUCCCCUUCCUCAGCAUGUUCAUGGGUGCAGGGGAUGCCCCCCUGGGCUCAAGGCCUGGCCACCCCCACUCCUCAUCUCAGGUGAAAAGCAAGCUCCAAAUUGGCCCCACUUCUCCUGGAGAAGCGCAGGGACCCCUUCUACCCUCUCCAGCCAGAGGUCUCAAGUUCCUAAAGCUGCCUCCAGCCUCGGAGAAGAUCCCCAGCCCAGGCGGCCCCCAGCUCAGUCCCCAGCUCCCCCGGAAUUCCCGAAUCCCCUGUCGGAAUGGUGGCUCAGAUGGGAGCCCCUCCCCACUGCUAGCCCGCCGGGGUUUGGGGGUAGGUGAGCUAUCCCCUGAGGGGGCACAGGGCCUGUCCCCCAACCCUUCACCCUGCCCCUCAACCCCAGACUCUUCCCAACUAAGAGCCCCCCAGCCCACAUUGUCCACCACGCUGUCUCCAGGACCAGCGAUGUCCCCCUGCUAUGAGAAUAUCCUGGACCUUUCUCGAGGCUCCUUCAGGGGACCUUCCCCAGAGCCCCCUCCUUCCCCACUGCAAGUACCCACCUAUCCACAACUGACUUUGGAGGUGCCACGGGCCACUGAGGUCCUCAGAAGCCCUGGUGCCCCCACUAGCCCUUGCCUGCCAGAAUCCUGCCCCUAUGGGAGCCCCCAAGAGAAGUGUUCAGACAAGGCAGGUUCGGAGUCUCCCCAUCCUGGCCGUAGGACCCCAGGCAACUCAUCUAAGAAAUCCAGUCAAGGGGCAGGGCGGCGACCUGGAGAUCCUGGCUACACACCUCUGAGGGACAGACUGGCAGCCCUGGGGAGACUGAAGACUGGCCCUGAGGGACCUCUGGGUACAGAGAAGAAUGGGGUGCUGGCCAGGCCUGGCACUGAGAAGGCCCGGGGACUAGGGAGGUCAGGGGAGAACACUGGAGACAUGGUACCUCCCACCUCCAGGCCUCCUGAGCAGCCAGAAGCUAAGGGAAUACUGCGGGGGGCAGUGGCCUUAGGCACAAGCAGCCUGAAGCAGCAGGAAGCCGGGCUCUUAGGAGACCCAGGCACCCGAAUCUACUCUUCCCACUCCAUGGGGGCCCGGGUGGACUUGGAGCCCAUCUCACCAAGGAGCUGCCUCACCAAAGUGGAGCUGGCCAAGAGUCGGCUGGCAGGGGCCUUGUGUCCCCAGGUACCCCGUACCCCUGCCAAAGUGCCAACCUCAGCGCCUAGCCUGGGAAAGCCCAAUAAGAGCCCCCACGGCAGCCCUACAAAGCUUCCUUCCAAGUCACCCACCAAGGUGGUGCCCCGACCUGGAGCCCCUUCAGCCAACAAGGAACCCCUGAAGCCUGACAAGGGUAAGGGUCCACCAUGGGCAGACCAGCCCACACCCCCAGCAGCUGGUCCUACUGACCCAAGCCAGGGUCCUGAGGGGCCAGCCCCACACUCUGCCAUUGAGGAGAAGGUGAUGAAGGGCAUUGAGGAGAAUGUGCUGCGGCUCCAAGGCCAAGAGCGGGCACCAGGCACCGAGGCCAAGCACCGCAACACCAGCAGCAUCGCCAGCUGGUUUGGCCUUAAGAAGAGCAAGUUGCCAGCACUGAACCGCCGCACAGAGACCACCAAGAGCAAGGAAGGGGCCAGCGGGGGUUCCCCACUCCGGAAGGAGGUCAAGGGAGAAGCCCGAAAGCUGGAGGCCGAGAGUCUCAACAUCUCUAAACUGAUGGCUAAGGCAGAAGAUCUGCGGCGUGCCCUGGAGGAGGAGAAGGCCUAUCUGAGCAGCAGAGCCCGGCCACGGCCUGGGGGACUAGCUCCAGGCUCACAGGUGCAGAGCCAGCUGACUGGCAUGUACCAGGGCGCAGACACCUUCAUGCAGCAGCUGCUCAACAGGGUGGAUGGCAAGGAGCUGCCACCCAAAAGCUGGCGGGAGCCUAAGCCUGAGUAUGGGGAUUUUCAGCCAGUGUCUUCUGACCCCAAGAGCCCCUGGUCAGCCUGUGGACCCCGAAAUGGCCUGGUGGGCCCUCUUCAGGGCUGUGGAAAACCUUCUGGGAAGCUGAGCAGUGAGUCCGGAAGGCGGGAAGAGAUCCCCUCUGAGGACAGCCUGGCUGAGCCAGUGCCCACCUCACACUUCACAGCCUGUGGCUCCUUGACUCGAACCCUGGACAGUGGCAUUGGGACCUUCCCGCCCCCAGACCAUGGCAGCAGUGGGACCCCCAGUAAGAAUCUACCCAAGACCAAGCCGACACGACUGGAGCCCCCACCUGGGGCACCCCCAGCUCGGCCCCCACCCCUCACCAAAGUCCCUCGCCGUGCCCACACACUGGAGCGUGAGGUGCCGGGUGUAGAGGAGCUGCUGGUGAGUGGGCGGCACCCGAGCAUGCCGGCCUUCCCUGCACUGCUCACCACAACUCCAAGCCACCGAGGUCACAAGACCUGCCCUGAUGACCCCUGUGAAGAUCCAGGCCCUCCCGCUCCUGUCCAGCUGGCCAAGAACUGGACCUUCCCCAACGCAAGGGCAGCCAGCAGUUCGUCUGACCCUUUCCUCUGUCCACCCCAACAACUGGAGGGGCUGACCAGAAAUCCCAUGGCCCUGCCUGUGGACCGGAAGCCAAGCCUGGAACCCAGCCGCCCAUCCCCUACGCCUCCAGGCCCAGCGUUUGGUGGUAGCCGCACUCCUAGCACAUCGGACAUGGGUGAAGAUGGCAGAGUGGCCAGCGGGGGUGCCCCAGGAUUGGAGACCUCAGAGUCCCUCAGUGACUCUCUCUAUGACUCACUCUCCUCCUGUGGGAGUCAAGGCUGA